AGACCAACAAUUUGAGAACAUCCUUCUCUCAACUCUACGACAAUGUGGCUUUCAAGAACUUUGUUGAUCAGUUUCUUCACGUGUAUUAUUUUGUGUAGUGAUGUCGCAAAUGGUAGAAGAGGCGAACCAGCAGAUGAAAUGCGUAAUGAUGAUCUUUUAAAAGAAAGAAAUGAGUAUGAGCCUCGUCAGUGGUCUCCACCACCAAUGCCAGCAGGAUUCCCCACCAUACAAGGUGCAGGAGGAAUGCCUACAGUAGGAGGAAUGCCAGAUAUGCCUAAUGGUGGUGGAAUGCCAACAAUAGGAGGAAUGCCUAACGGUGGUGGAAUGCCUACAAUAGGAGGGAUGCCUGACAUGCCUAAUGGUGGUGGAAUGCCUACAGUAGGAGGAAUGCCAGAUAUGCCUAACGGCGGUGGAAUGCCUACAAUAGGAGGGAUGCCAGAUAUGCCUAAUGGUGGAGGAAUGCCUACCAUAGGAGGAAUGCCUAAUGGUGGUGGAAUGCCAACGAUAGGAGGAAUGCCAGAUAUGCCAAAUGGUGGUGGGAUGCCUACAGUGGGAGGAAUGCCAGAUAUGCCUAAUGGUGGUGGAAUGCCAACAAUAGGAGGAAUGCCAGAUAUGCCUAAUGGAGGAGGAAUGCCUACCAUAGGAGGAAUGCCAGAUAUGCCUAAUGGAGGAGGAAUGCCUACCAUAGGAGGAAUGCCAGAUAUGCCUAAUGGAGGAGGAAUGCCUACCAUAGGAGGAAUGCCUAAUGGUGGUGGAAUGCCAACGAUAGGAGGAAUGCCAGAUAUGCCUAAUGGUGGAGGAAUGCCUACGAUAUCUGGAAUGCCAAGUGCACCCUCAGUUCCUAGUGGAGGAGGAAUGCCAAAUAUGCCUAAUAAUUCUAAUAUCCCUGGAAUGUCCAGAAUAUCUCGUGAUGAUUUCCUUGAGUUACGCGAAUACGAAGGCCGGCAAUUUGCCAGCUGGUCACCGCCACCAAUGCCCGGAGGUUUUCCCACAAUACAAGGCGCAGGAGGAAUGCCUACAGUAGGAGGGAUGCCAGACAUGCCUAAUGGUGGUGGAAUGCCGGAUAUGCCUAACGGUGGAGGAAUGCCUACUAUAGGAGGAAUGCCAGAUAUGCCUAAUGGCGGUGGAAUGCCAACUAUAGGAGGAAUGCCAGACAUGCCUAAUGGUGGCGGAAUGCCUACAAUAGGAGGAAUGCCGAAUGGCGGUGGAAUGCCGACAGUAGGAGGAAUGCCUGACAUGCCUAAUGGUGGUGGAAUGCCUACAGUAGGAGGAAUGCCAACAAUAGGUGGCAUGCCAGAUAUGCCUAACGGAGGUGGAAUGCCAACGAUAGGAGGAAUGCCAGGUAUGCCGAAUGGUGGUGGAAUGCCAACAGUUGGAGGAAUGCCAGACAUGCCGAAUGGUAGUGGAAUGCCUACGAUUAGUGGAAUGCCAAAUAUGCCUAAUAAUUCUAACAUUCCCGGAAUGUCCAGAAUGUUUAAUGAUAGAUUUUCUGAGUUACGUGAAUACGAAGGUCGUCAAUUUGCUAGCUGGUCACCACCACCAAUGCCAGGAGGUUUUCCCACUAUACAAGGUGGAGGAGGAAUGCCCACUAUAGGAGGAAUGCCAGACAUGCCUAAUGGUGGUGGAAUGCCAACGAUAGGCGGAAUGCCAGAUAUGCCUAAUGGUGGUGGGAUGCCAACAAUAGGAGGAAUGCCAGAUAUGCCUAAUGGUGGUGGUAUGCCAACGAUAGGCGGAAUGCCAGACAUGCCUAAUGGUGAUGGAAUGCCGACUAUAGGGGGAAUGCCAGGUGUACCCUCUGCUCCAAGUCCGCCCUCUGUUCCAAGUGUGCCCUCUGUUCCAAGUGGUGGAGGAAUGCCAAAUAUGCCUAAUAAUUCUAACAUCCCAGGAAUGUCCAGAAUGUUUAGUGAAGAAUUUUCUGAAUUACGCGAAUACGAAGGCCGUCAAUUUGCUAGCUGGUCACCACCACCAAUGCCAGGAGGUUUUCCCACUAUACAAGGUGGAGGAGGAAUGCCCACUAUAGGAGGAAUGCCAGACAUGCCUAAUGGUGGUGGAAUGCCAACGAUAGGUGGAAUGCCAGAUAUGCCUAAUGGUGGUGGGAUGCCAACAAUAGGAGGAAUGCCAGACAUGCCUAAUGGUGGUGGAAUGCCUACAGUAGGAGGAAUGCCAGACAUGCCUAAUGGUGGUGGAAUGCCUACAGUAGGAGGAAUGCCAGACAUGCCUAAUGGUGGCGGAAUGCCAACGAUAGGAGGAAUGCCUGACAUGCCUAAUGGUGGUGGAAUGCCUACCAUAGGAGGAAUGCCUGACAUGCCUAAUGGUGGUGGAAUGCCUACAGUAGGAGGAAUGCCUAACGGUGGUGGAAUGCCUACAAUAGGAGGGAUGCCUGACAUGCCUAAUGGUGGUGGAAUGCCUACAGUAGGAGGAAUGCCAGAUAUGCCUAACGGCGGUGGAAUGCCCACAAUAGGAGGGAUGCCUGAUAUGCCUAAUGGUGGUGGAAUGCCAACGAUUGGAGGAAUUCCUAAUGGUGGUGGAAUGCCAACGAUUGGAGGAAUGCCAGACAUGUCUAAUGGUGGUGGAAUGCCUACAGUAGGAGGAAUGCCUAAUGGUGGUGGAAUGCCAACGAUAGGUGGAAUGCCAGACAUGCCUAAUGGCGGCGGAAUGCCUACAGUUGGAGGAAUGCCAAACAUGCCCAGUGUUCCAAGUGGGCCUGGAAUGCCUAAUAAUUCUAAUAUUCCUGGAAUGUCCAGGAUAUCUAAUGAUAUUUCAAAUGAGAAAGCAAUUGCAAAUGAGCGGUUUGAAUCGGAUUCAGAGAAGAACUUUGUAUUAUCUACACCACCUAUGCCAUUAAACCGAUUAUCAAAAUCCGGAAGGAUUUUAGUAAACCGAAGAAACCGCAGUUUAGAAUCCCGCAUCAACCCUACCAUUCCAGGUAUUCCAGGUUUACCAAAUCAACCAGAUUUUCCUUCUUUUCCAGAGAAACCCAAGAAUAAUACUGGAAAUAUGACUGAAUCUGAAAUCCCGGGUGUUGUUAUUCCCGCUCAUUCGAGGAUAAUUCUAUAGAAUUCAAUUUCUGGAGGCUUCAUUCUUUGAAAUAUUAAAAGUUAUUUAAACUGAAAUCACUGAAAGUUUUUGUAUAGUUUAUUUACCAUGCUGGUUACUUUAAAUUUUACUUUCAGAAAUCAAUUAUUGUGAGUGGUUCGCUUAAGUUAUACUUACAAAAAGGAAAGAAUAAGAAUUUAGUACAUUUGAUAGAAUGAUAUUUAAGAACAUUUUAUGAAAAAUAAAAUGGAGUUGGAAUUCUUAAAAAAUGAAAUGUUUAUAAUUCAAGAAACUUUUGCACGAUUGUGGUGUUAAUUUCACUUUAAGUUAAAAAAAAAAGAAAGCAUGCAAAUCAUUUUUGCACUUUAUAUCGAUAAAAAUGGACAGAUAACAACAAGCAAAUGCUGAAAACCUGCUUUGUUAAGAGUUUAAAUUCUUUUGAACUAUGCUUCCUUCUGAAAAAAAAACAUUUUUAUAAAUAAAAGAAAAGGAUAUUUGUAAUUCGUGAUAUACAGAUGAAUCUACACUAGUCUUGAUUAUGAAGCCAUAAAUUAUAAUUUUGUAGAAUAUAACUGUUUGUAUUUGUGUGUUUUUAUG